AGUUUAGUCCUAAAUCCCUAGACUAGAUGCUUCUUCCUCCUCGGUUCCUCUUCCACUCCCCCUUCCCCGACUCCUAGAGCGAGAGGCGCCGCGCGGCGCGGAGAUGGCGACGACGCUGAAGCGCAUGUGGGGGCAAGUGAUGGACAAGAAGGGAGAGGCGGUGCGGGAGCUGGAGGUCUCCGUACGGGCCAAGGGCAACGUGACCCAGAUGGAGGAUGCGCUGCUCCGGGCUUGCACGUCGUUCACGAACGUGAGCUACACCGUCACCUCUGCGGUGAUCACUCUCGUUGGAGCAUUUGCUUCUGGUCAAGUACAUAAAGUUGUUGGGGGUCAACCUAUGCCUCGACUAUUUAGGCUUGCUUUUUCUGCUGGUGCUGGUUUGACUGCAGGGAGGAUGAUGUAUUAUGAAUCGUUGCAUGCAACUAGCCUAUACAUAUUGGGCAAUGGAGAGGAGCACUUUGAGCGCUUGAAAAUGGAGCUAGCUAAUAUAAUACUUACAAAGCACAGUGAUGAAAAAUUAUCGGUUGAAGCUGUAAAAAAGCAUUUCUUUGCCGAGAAUUUCUACACUGAUCAAUACCAGGAUAAAGCACGUUUCCGGUGGCACCCACGUUACUCGUAUGUUGACAGCACCUAUUUGGAAAGAGUGAAGGAGAUUGAAGCCAACAACUCAGUGGAUAAGGACAACGCCAUGUCUGUCCAGACAAUGGGAUCAUUUGGUAACCUCAUGGAGGACCCACUGGCCUGUAUAUUAGGUUCUCCAGACAGCGACAUGGAGAAUGAUAAACCGCCUGAGCGCACAGCUACUAUCCACAGGAAAAGAGACCUUCGAGCUCGGAGGAGAAGUCAGCGGCAUCAUCGUCGACAUGCGGCAUUGUGAAGGCCUUCUCGCUGAUCUUCGCAUGGAGUAUCUUGGCUUCAGAGUGCGCCAACGACGUAUUCACCUCCGGGCCAUCAUAGCGGUACGCGCUUACAAGAGGCACCAAAAGCUGAGAUGAAGAAAUCACAUUUUUAACUAAUUAGCUGUUCAUUGGCAGCGCUGAUAUGUGCAAAUAAGUAUUCCAGAAUUGCAGGCAGUUUUUAGGCCUGGAUAAGUAGCACGCCUUAAAAACAGAGCAAAUGUAAUGAUACCAAGCUUACCUUUUUGAAGAGUAACAUGUGACAACCAUAGAAGGACGACUGCAAAGUAUUUUCUAAGUA